AUGAUCUACCCCUUCGCCGCGAAAAUCAAACCGCCCGUUCGCUGUCUUAAGCCAGCCGUGAACGGGCUAUAUAUACUAUUAGUUGCAGGUAAUGAUCCGUCUCUCCAAAGGGAGUAGCUUAUUAUGGGUAUUAGGCGUAGCUCUGCUUGUGCAGACUAUUUUGGCCGAAUCGGAGAAUGUUGAUGAAGUUGAACCUGAAAAUGACGUAGAAGAAGUAAAGGUUUGAUCAUCUUUUGAAAUAUUUUUUUGCUUUUAUUAUUAAUAAAAGUUUUUCAACUUUAGGAAAAGUUUUUGCCGAGCAAGUUUGUGGUUCCACACAUUGGGAACUCUCCGAAGCCUUAUCUUUACAACUAUUUUCCUCUCGGCUCGAAAUUGGGCAGCGAAUGGGUGAAAAGCACAGCGAAGAAGGACGGGGUUGAUGCCGACAUCGCGAAAUAUAAUGGUUCGAAGAGUAGUUUUCCAGAGAUUGAAAUUUUUUGAAGGUGAAUGGGACAUUGCGGAGCCACGCGAUGUGACAAUUGAAGGCGAUGCUGGACUCAUUGUUAAAACGAAGGUUUAUUAAUAGAAGAAGUAAAAUAAAACCAUUGAGUUUCACUCAAUUUACGCCUGAGGUCGUUUUAAUGAAAAAAAUCAUCUAUUUGGCAGUUUUGAUUGGAUCUUUUUAUACACUAACAAGGGAAGUGUUUUUGGUGGCCGGUUGAACUUUUGUUGAAACUUUGCUGAAAGGUACUAUAAGACCUCCUCUUUCCAGAACACGAAUAAAAUUUCUCGCAAUAGAUCUCGUUUUCGAGUUAUGAAGCUUCAAAGUUUGCACGCUGAAUAAGUGCUGCAAGUCAAGAGGGAAUGUGGCUCGCCUACAAUCCCUCUACUCCAGUUGGCGGCGUGGUAUAGUGGCUAGCGUCCUUGCACCGUGGUGUCUAUGACCGGGGUUCUAAACUUUUUGAAGAAAUUCGUUUUUGCCAAAACUUUCAUAGGGGGAAUUUAUCGACAUUGUUAAAAUCAAUUAAAAAAAUUUUUCCGAAUCAACAUAUUUCUUCAUUUUGUUUCGGUAUACCGAUUAAAAAGCUUUCUUCCGCUUAUAAACAUGGUUAAUAGUCCAUAUUUUUGGUCCCAAAAGUUCAAAAUGCCUUUUAAUCAGCGUUUCAGUCCAGUUGAUAAAUUUGAAGGAAUCAAAUAAAAACUUACGCCACAGCAAGAUGAGUAAGUCUCCUCCAGAUUUUUGAAAAAAAUGCAGAAAGUGAUCUAUUGAUCAUGCCCAUGGGUCGAAGGAAAAUGUUUGUCGAAAGUCUUGGUAAAACGAAUGAAAUGAGAAACUAUGUUCUUUUGGAAAGAAAGUUUUGGUCUAUUUCCUCAAUGACGAUAAAUUCCUCCUAGGAAAGUUUUGACAAAAACGAAUUUCUUCAAAAAGUUUCGAACCCCGGUCAGAGACACCGCAGUGCAAGGACGCUAGCCACUAUACCACGCUGCCAACUGGAGUGGAGGGAUUGUACGCGAGCCACAUUCCCUCUUUCCUUGCAGCACUUGUUCAGCGUGGAAACUUUGAAGCUUCAUAACUCGAAAACGAGAUCGAUUGCGAGAAAUUUUAUUCGUGUUCUGGAAAGAGGAGGUCUUAUAGUACCUUUCAGCAAAGUUUCAACAAAAGUUCAACCGGCCACCAAAAACACUUCCCUUGUAAGAAUAACUGCCGAGAUAAACGCGAGACACUGGCGGUACAUUGACAAGCUCGCAAGCAUCUCGCUUUUUUUCCCGCACCGGUCUCGCAUUUUUCUGGGCGCGAGCUCGCAUUUCUCUCGCAACUUAAAAAUUUCCGAAAUGCGAGAUAAAUGCGAGAUGGCGCCAAGAAAAAUGCGAGGUCGUGCCGAGAGAAAUGCGAGAUCGCGCCUAGAAAAAAGCGAGAUGUUUGCGAGCUCGUCAAUGUACCGCCACCGACCUCGCGUUUAUCUCGUCAGUUAUUCUUAGUGUAGUUACCGCCUCAAAAUAUAAAACAUCACAUUGGAUGAGAGCAUUAUUGAAUUUUUUUUUCACUAUCUGCUAAAAUCAAAAGAACGUGGUUCAGGCACGUCACCAUGCUAUCGCGGCCAAACUCGAUCGUCCUUUUGUUUUCGGAUCAGAGCCGUUGAUUGUUCAGUAAGUAAUGCGUUUUCUACACUUUGAAAUAAAUUUUUUAGAAAAUUUAGAAGCAUUCUUCUUGAAAACGCCUUUUUCUGCUUCGAUAAAAAUAAAUCGCAGAUACGACGUUAAAUACGAAGAAGGGCAAGAAUGUGGCGGCGGCUAUCUGAAGCUCUUGGCGGAAGGAGCGGAGAAGGAUUUGGCGUCGUUCCAAGACAAAACUCCAUACACGAUCAUGUUCGGUCCCGACAAAUGCGGCGCUUCUGGAAAAAGUCCACCUCAUCUUCAAGUACAAGAACCCCAAAAAAACGGUUCUAUUGACGUAUGUCCUUUUUAUGGAGGAAAUUUAAAAAAAAAAAGUGUAUAUUUGAAUAGAUUUUGGAUUAUUGAAGCAUUUUGUAGUUUGUAAAUAAUACUAAGUUAUAUCUCAAUCAUAGCUCCUUGUAAAUAUUUUUGAAACGAGGGCGUUUUUUGUGAUAAAAUAAAUGGACGAAGAUUAAAUUUUUCCCAUUUUUAAUCUUUCUAAGAAAGUUUUGAAAAGUUUUGAACGGAAUAUCAUUGGAAAGGAUAAUGAUUAAAACUAUAGUUACCUAGAAAAUAGCUAUUUUCCCUUUAUGAAUAAAAGUCUGACAUUGAGCGUUCAUUUUAAGUGAAAGUGAUAAUGAAAGACCAAAGGCAGGAAGUAAAAAAACCAUGGGUAAAAAAAACGGAACUUUAUCAAAACUAUCAUUCAUUUUCAUUUUUUUUUCACAGGAAUACCACGCAAAGCAGCCGACGAACGUCGGAACCAGCUAUUGGGACGAUCACCGGACUCAUCUCUACACGUUGAUUUUUCAAGCCGAGCGGCGAGUACGGUGUGAACGUCGAUGGCAAAUCUCUUUACUACGGAAAUAUCCUCAACGACGUUGGUUUUUAUUCAUUUAUUGAUUAAAAAGGGAUACUAAAUAGGUUUUCGCGAAUUCUAAUUUAUCCAAUCUUUCAGGACGUGGUUCCAUCGCUGACACCGCCUCAACAAGUCUCCGACCCGAAAGACAAGAAACCAGAAGAUUGGGACGAGAGGCCGGAAAUCGAAGACGUGACGGCGACGAAGCCUGCAGAUUGGGACGAGAAGCAGCCGCGAGAAGUGGUCGACGAAUCCGCGACGAAACCUUCGGAUUGGCUUGAGGAGGAGGUAAGGUCAUUAGAUUCGUGUUGAGAUCCAUCUCCUGGUUUUCAGCCGGAACUGAUUCCUGAUCCGGACGCCGUGAAGCCAGCGGAUUGGGACUCGGAAAUGGACGGAGAAUGGGAGCCGCCAUCUAUUGAUAACCCUGUCUGCAAGGGUCUCAGUGGCUGCGGAGUAUGGAAACCGCCGACCAUUCCUAACCCCAAGUACAAGGUAUUUUAUUUGAAUAAAGAGAUGAAAUAGUCGAUUCAAACUUUUAAUAGAACUUUUUAUCAAUAUUUCAUUAACUUUUUUUAUUACUCUCGAAAAUAUUUUGGUUUUGUCCAAUAAUUGAGGUUUUUAUUUGUUAAGAGCUCGAUAGAAAUCUGGUAUUUAAGAACAAGAGAUUAGGCUUUCGAAAAGGCCCUGAAUCGACGCUUAGCUAACCAUUUGCUGACCUAUUUUCGCGUAAAAUAUUUUCCCCCGCCCAAUUAUUCAUAUUAUGCACGUCGAAAAAUUCUGAAAAAAUUGCAAUCAUCAUGCCAUGCUUUCAAAGGUCAGCCGAAAAAGAAAAAUCAGUGCUACUGCCUUCAACAGUUUCUAAUUCAAAAAAAAAAAUUAGGGAAAAUGGGUUCGUCCGAAGAUUACGAAUCCGUUGUACAAAGGCGUUUGGAAAGCGCGGCUCAUCGAUAAUCCGGACUUUUUCGAACCGACCGCGACGGGCGGCCUCUUGCCCAUAACAGCCGUUGGCAUCGAGAUGUGGACCAUGAGCGAGAAUAUCGUCUUCGGCACGUUUGAAUCUAAUUUAAAAUGAACCUCCCUCGAUUCAGACAACUUCUUGAUUACCUCAUCGGAAGAACAGGCCAAGGAGCUCGCCACACAGACGUUCUCCGUCAAGCAGACUGAAGAGGCGCGGUUCGCCAAGGCGACUGGCGACGGCGGAAACUUCGUGCAGAAGAUUAUCGAGGCGGCCAAUGUGAGGAUAAAAAAGAAAAGCUGUAUCGGUUGACUUUUGUAGGAACGACCGUGGCUGUGGGCCGUCUACCUUCUCGCCAUCAUCAUACCCGUAGUUUUCCUCGGCGUUCUGUGCUUCGGCCGCAAGUCGUCGUCGCCGUCUAGCUCGGACAGGAAGAAGACGGACGCCUACGCCUACGAUGAUGAUGAGGUUGGCUUCUUAUUGAGAUGUUCGGUGGAGUUCGAUCAUUCAGGUUCCGAAUCUCAUCGGAGAAGAAAUUCAAGAAGACGCCGACAUCGAGGAGAUCCCUGGAGAUGAGCCACCGAAAGCACAGAAUCUGCGGCGGUCUUCGCGUCUUUCCACUGCCACCGAACCGUCGACCGCUUCUUCCGAAGUUGACGACGAAGGUGAAAGUGACGACGACUCGGACUCGGACUCCACUGCUGAGAAGUUCUCCGCAGAAGAGGAACCUGUCCAACCAACCGAAGAGGUGAGAACGCCGACUGAUGCUCAUGCAUUUUAAUUAAACUAGUUUUUUGCUAUCACAAGUGCGUAUCAAUUUUGACGCGUUUUUUAAGCGUAGUGUUCUCAAAUGCUUCUUGGAAGAGAAAGUUUUGAUAUGCAGGUCGCUCAAUUGGAACAGAAGAAAGAAAACAAAGCCGCAAAACGGCGAACGGCUCGACGAGAAUAG